AUGGUCAACCCGCGCCAACGCCGCAAAGCCCGCUCAGGGAUCGCCAAAGCUUCGGCUUCGAAGCGGUCGCUGAAGAACCAGAAGAAAGUCACGAUCAAGGGACCGGAGUUGCUUGUCAAGGGUUGGGACAGGAAGAAGACUGUCCGGCAGAACUACGCCGCACUUGGUCUCCUCCCCUCUUUGAACCCUCGCCAAGCAGGCGGUCUCGAAGCGGACCCUAACGUGACGCCCUUCGCCAUCUCCGCCGCGACACCCGACACCCUCGAAGACCUCGAGCGAUCUCUCGAGGAUGAUACGGAGAUGGACGAGGACGACGAGGAAGAGGAGGAGACGGUGAAGGCGGACAAGGGGAAGGGCAAAGCGAAGGAGGAUGCGCCGCUCAAGCCUGGUAUGGCGCGGAUCAUCAGGGAUGAGAAGGGGAAUGUGGUCAAGAUCAUCGUUGGAGGCGAGAACGGAGAGGAGAUCGAGGAGAAGGUUGUUGAGCCUUCACGGACAGGCACAGACUCGGACGAAGAGGACGAGGGAGAGUCGGAGGACGAGGAGGAAGAGGAGAAGCAGCCUUGGGGACCGCCUUUGAAGGACUGGGAUGCGCAGCGGGCGCUCCAGCAGGAACAUGGCAGUUUGGAGGGCGUCAGCAAGAAGAGCAAGCAGGGCAUUCCGAUCUUUGGCGCGCCGCUGGAAGUCGAGGCGAAGACGGACAUUGUGCGGGCACUGGAGGAACGCGCUUCGCACAAGACCAAGGUCAUCCGGCACACCUCCGAAUUUGAGCACGACUGGCUCGUCUCGCUCGUAGCCAAGUACGACGAGGACAUCGGCAAGAUGGCGCGGGACAGGAAGGCGAACGUGUGGCAGAAGACGCCCGGCGAGCUCAAGCGGAUGAUCGCCAAGGCGGGCGGAUUCGAGGCGCUGCGAGCGGAAGCGGCGGCUGUCGGGCGCUCGUAG